AUGGGAGUCAAAGGCUUGACCUCGUUCGUCAAGAAAAUCCGACAUGCGGUCUCUGAAGAAGUCACCAUUGCUGUCAAAGGUGCCUCCAAUGUCACUCCCGGCACCUCAACAACCACUACCCCAACAGGCCCAUUCAUCAUCGACGGCUGGGCAUGGAUCUUCCGCGCAUACCUAGACUUCUUCACCGAAUCCCUCCGUGGCGGCGAAUACAUCGGCUAUACUCUCCACGUCCGACACUUUAUCAAUACUCUACGUCAAGCCGGCUUGGAACCGAUCUUUGUCUUUGAUGGUCCUUAUCUCCCUCUCAAGCUUCCCACCGUCUAUGCGCGGAUGAACGAAAGCGCGGGAGGGAACUCAGCCUUUAUGCGCUCUUCUUCGAGGUCGAAGCCAGGGUUUCAAGUGUCGAUGGGCGUCUUCCCGCCACUUAUCUACGAUUGUACACUGGAGGCACUGAGGCAGUGUAAAGUGCAGAUUGUGGUAGAGGAGAUUGAGGCCGAUAGUGCGGUGGCGGAACUGGCGGAUAGAAUGGGUGGAUGGGCGGUGAGUAACGACUCUGACUUCUUUAUUCUUUGUGCGAGGGGGACACAGUGCAAAGGGUAUGUGCCCAUUGAUACGGUGGAGUUUCUUGUGAAGCCAGCGCAAAAGGAGCAGUCGCAAGGGGCGGAAGCAGUACCUACAGGUGCUUUCGAAGACGAUGGUUUUGCGCAGGUGGGCAAGGGUGGUAAGGCUAAAGGUCGAAAGGGAGGGAGCAACGCAGAACCUGCAGAGGUUCAACUGCAAGUCCUCGAUCGUCCACUACGAGGGCCUGAGGAUGGCUCACUCACCGCAAUUCGUUUCACCUCCUACUCUUCCGCCAAAGUAGCCGCCGCACUCGGUAUUACUACCUCGAUGCUUCCCCUUCUAGCAGCGUUGGUGGGCAACGACUACACAGCAAGCAUCCAAAAACGCAUCCUCGACCCUGCACUCCCCUUCGGUCCCCAACGAAUCACUUUCAUCGCCAACGCCAUCAAAACCGAGACUCUGCGUAUGGCCUCCUCUGGCAAUCGCACUCCAGGUCUCCGGUCUGGAAUGGCCACUCCUUCCGCCUCGCGCACCGGUCUCGGUCGAACUUCUGCUGGCUGGGGCGCACUCGCAGCCCGCAGCGGUGCAGGAUCAGCAAUGACCUCGGCUACCGCCACUCCCGUUGGCGACAUAAUGUAUCCCAAACUCGACGAAGCACUCGCAGCACUAGCUCUUAACGAUCCGGCUCGAUUUAUGGUUCAAUCUGUUAUCGAACGAAUUCUUGCCGGAGUAGCCCAACGCACACGCGAAGCAUAUGUCACAUCGGGCGAACAGGAAAAGCUAGUCGAUGCAGUCAUCGAUUCCGUCGCUACAUACUCUCUGCUGAGCGAUCCUUCGGCAAUCCAUCGGUCGACACCAAGUGCGGAGUUCUUUGCAGACUCCAAACCCGAAUCUUCACGUCCAGCGCACCGUAAAGGCUUGUGGAAGUACCGUGAUGCAUACGCCAAGGGACACUUUGACCGGCUCUUAGUGGAGGUGAUGACUUUGCGGAUCUGCACAAAUAGAAUGGCACCUGAAGAUCCGGAUCAGAAGUCGACCCAGUCUACCCAUGCACGAGACGUGCGCAACUGGGUUUUUUCAACUCUCUUUUCCACCUGGGGAAUGAGUUGGGCGAGAGAUACGCUCGAAGAGCCCCUCCCCAAUACUGAAGACGAUGACAAAGAUGAUUCUGUCGGAGGUACGCAUCGUGGUGCGAUUCCAAUCCUAGCAGGUCCAGGACCGAACAAAGUUAACUGGGCAGAAGAAGGCGAUCCUGAAGAACUCGUUCCGGUGCAAACCCCGCCUUCAUCCUUCGGCAGCUCGAUGUAUCGCGAUGAAGACGGCGAGGAGGAGGAGGAGGGGGAGGAAGAGGAAGAUAAGGAAGAUGAGGAAGAUGAGGAUGAGGUGAAGUCAAGACCUGGAUCAGCAGCGGGGUUGGCAGAUGCGGCGGAGGUGGAGGGUGGGGUCAAACCGGCACCGGUAGUAGAAGAUUUCAGUAGGAAAGGUGACAGGUACGCUGCUGAAGUGUGUCCGAUUUGGUCGUUUGAUACAUUGGUGGGGAAGCAGAGGGAAGAGUUGGGAAUUGAGCCUCCAGAGGUGCUGAAGAAGUAUUUGCGCGCUUAG